AGGUCACGCCACGCGUGCGAGUACGACGCAUCGCAACUCGCAGUCGCCGCCGCCCUCCUCCCAACCCGCGCGGCGCCGCUCGCUCGCGCAGUCCAUCGAGCCGCAACAAAAGCGGAAAUAAAUCCCCCACAAACCCUACCCUUCUCUCCCCUCCACUCCCCCACCUCCGCGCCUCUCUCCGCCGUGUUCCUCCCGCCCGCCGCCGCCUUCCCGCCGGACCUAGCUCCUCCCCCGCCGUCCUCGACCUCACCGGAGGUGGCGUGGUGCGGGAACGGGCAGGGCGCCGUGAUGGAGAUCCCCAAGCAGGGGCAGCCGCCGCGGGUGGCGGGGACGCCGCCGACAUUGCCUGGGGCGAUUACCCACACUACGCAGGUUGGGUACCCGGCCGUGUUCUACAAUGGCAACUGGGGCGCGCAGGUGCCGGCCAGCAGCUACCUGAUCGUGCCCAUGAGCGAGCCGCCGGCGCAGGUUGGUGUGCCCAGGCCCAACGCGCUGGGCCUCUCCGGGUCCGGGGCCAGGCCGUUGAGUAGGGUGUCGCUUAGGCCGCCGCAACAGGUGCUGAGUGUCCAGACAGCUUUGCCUGGUAUGGCCGCGAUGAUGCCAUCGCCGUCUAUGAUAGCAGGUAAGAAGAUGGCAGCGUCGCCGAAGGUUCAGAUGCUGAAGUCUGUGCCCUUUCGGUCUGCUGGUAGCAAGCGUCCUGCGCAGGAACUGCUGCCCAAGGCACAGCCGCAAUUAUUUGAGUCCGUGAGAUCAAAGUUCAGAGAGACUCUGGCUGCUGCCCUGAAUAUGGAUUCUGACCAACAGUGUGCCCCGCAAUCCGUUGAAACCGUGUCACAUGUUGGAUCUGCUAGCGAGAACAAGCAAGCCGAUGGUGCUGGUAUUGAUUCUGUCACAGAGACUAGUGCUUUGAAAAGCGGGCAACAUAACAUGUUAAGUAGCAAUUCGGCAUCAAACAUGUCGAUCAAGGUGAGUGAUGAUAUGCAGCAGCAAUCAAUACAUGUUCCUUUGGAAAAUAAAGUACUGGAUAACAAUUCUUGCACUUUAGAUGAGCUUCUGCAAGGCCAUGGACUUUGCUGGUCUUCUGACGUUGUUGGAGCUUCUGAAACUAUUUCUCAAUCCGAUCCAGACAGAGUCAGAAAAUCUGAUAUUGAUGAAGGUGUUGAUGUAUCUCUGAUUGAGCAUGAGUCUAAAAGAAUAAAGACUGAUGAUGGGGCAGCAGAAGAAAAGAAGAGUGUAACCCAAAAGGCCCAAAUUUUAGCAUUUGAAAUUGAAGGUGAGCUGUUCACUUUAUUGGGAGGAGUUAACAAGAAAUACAAGGAGAAGGGUCGAUCACUUCUGUUCAACUUAAAAGAUAAAAGUAAUCCUGUACUGAGGGGACGUGUCUUGUCUGGAGAUAUAACACCCAAACGCCUAUGUUCAAUGACUACUGAAGAACUCGCUUCAAAGGAACUUUCAGACUGGCGGUUGGCUAAGGCUGAAGAGCUUGCAAAGAUGGUGGUUCUUCCUAGUAAAGAAGUGGAUGUUAGACGCUUGGUGAGGAAAACACACAAAGGAGAAUUUCAAGUUGAGGUGGAAGAAACUGACGGUAUCUCUGUGGAGGUUGGAAUUGGGGGUGAUUUGCUUUCGCAUGUUCCAUCAAGACCUACUGAAGGUCAAACCAAAACCGAUGAUAAAAGUGUACACACGGAAGAAAAAGAAUCAGACAAUAGUGAGCAAGAUGGAGUUAUCGUGACAGGCGGCAAUAACAUGCCAAGCAAUUUAGAACAUACAGAAAAUGAGAAAACUGAUCUGAUGCAGGAACUGAUGGUAGAUGACCUGAAAGAUACAGAGAAUCUUCCACCAAUUAUGUCACUGGACGAAUUCAUGGAGACCCUUGAUUCUGAACCACCUUUCGAAGAUGAUUCCACUCAAACUGUGAAAGAUGAUCCUAAUUCUAUUGAGAAAACUGACAUUUCAUUGAAAUCGGAAGAUUCUUCCAAAAAUGUGGAUAGUGCUUCUGCAUCAGAUUCUCAACUUGAUCCGCAAACAUUAUCUCCUCAAGAUAAGUUUGAGUCCAAGUUACAGUCACCCAAAAAAGACGCAGGCUCAAUUUUGUUUCCAGUUGAACAAAUAAAGGAAGAUCUGUUAGUCAAAUCCUCCCCUGAAAAGGCCAAUGCUGAAAACAUUGAUACUGGCAGUCAGUCGAUCCCUGAAUCUAUCACGGAUUGUAAAUCAGCUCCUGAUGCUUUGCUGACACAUGACAGUGUAUGGGAGGGAACAAUUCAACUUUCCUUGUCAUCACUCACAAAUGUUGUUGCGAUCUUCAAAAGCGGUGAAAAGACAUCCACAAACGAGUGGCGCCAUUUCCUUGAUAUCAAGGGAAGAGUCAGGCUCAGUGCUUUUCAAGAAUUUCUUGAACAACUUCCUAAAUCCAGGAGCCGUGCUAUAAUGGUAACUGAGUUGCGUUGGAAGGAGGGCUCUCUUGAGAGUGGGCGCCAGCAUCUCUUGCGGACCAUUGACUCAUAUAUUGCAGACGAGAGAGUAGGACUAGUGAAGCCUGCAGAUGGAGUGGAGCUUUACCUCUGCCCUUCUCAAGGGAAGGCAGCACAGAUACUUGCAGAGCACCUACCCAAGGAGCAGUCGAGCAGCUUAACCGUGACAGGAACAUCAGCUAUUGGAGUCGUCGUGUGGCGGAGGCCCCAUGUUUCACCUAGGAUACCCGCCAGGAACGAUGGCUCCAGAAACCAAUCCAUCUCGAGGAAGCAGCAUGCCGUGAUUGCCAGUGCAGUGCCCUUGUCUUCCAAGCCUACCAAUGAGCGUCAGCACCACGGUCAGGAUGUUGUAACUGAUGAUGUUCCUCCGGGCUUUGGCCCUGGUGUUGUUAGGGAAGACGAUGACCUACCUGAAUACGAUUUUGUUACCGUCCCAAACGCAGCUGCCAACGUAGUACCAUCACGACAAGCACACAGGAGCCAGCAGCAGCAUUCUCAGGCCGCGUCCCGCCGCCCGGUAGACCAUGUGAGGGAGAUGGUUCGCAAGUAUGGUAGCAGAUCCGCUGCCGCAGCCCAACCCUGGGAGGAUGAUGACGAUGAUGACAUACCAGAAUGGGAUCCAAACCAAAGCAAUCUGAAUCUCCAGCAAACACGGCAUGCUAUUCCACAGCCACCGUUGCCUCCACCCGGACCUGUUCAUCAGCAAAUGCACGCGUAUCAUCAGCAGCAUCAGCAACAGCAGCAGCAUUACCAAUCCAUUCAGCAGUAUCACGCAACACAGGAAUCGCAGAACACCUUGUCCCAGGCUUACUACGUCCAGUCCCACUCACAGCAGCAUUCCGUGCCCGUGCAGCAGCUGACUCAUUUGCAGCCUGGCUGGCAGACCACCGCCCAGUGGCUGGCCGCCGGCGCCGCGCAUUCCGGCUUGCCGGCGAACAACGUCGUGCAGCAGUACUGCACUUCCGCGACGCCUGACGGUAGUGGCCAAGGCUACGCUACUGGGAACCAAGGCUCCAUGCCUUGGAACCUACAGUAGCUACGUUACCUUUGUGCGAGUCAGCAAGCAUCCGAUGUUUUUGGCCCCCUAUUCUCCCUUUGUGUCUACCAUGCAGUUCAUGUAAUUAUAUAUCAUGCGAACUGCACCACCCAGAUAAAAAUACAAGUGUUACUACUAGCCGCUUAGGUAGUUGCUGGUUGUAUGCAAAUGGUGUAGCAGUAGACAUGUAGUAGCAAGAACUUGAUGCCAUGAGCAUAUGCCUGCUAGGCUGCUACUUUGGUUUUUUGGCACUGCCGUAUCCAGCUGCCCAAUAGUGCGCUCCAAACUUUUUGAGGUUCAA